UGUCACAGCGUCUCCGAAUUUCUCCUCAGUCACCUGUAGAAGCCGAGCUGAAACCUGAGGAACAUGCUGAGCCUGAUCAAGCUGCCCCGCGUCUUCAACGUCCACCAGGUUCCUAAAGCCUUUCAGGAGGACAGUAUUAUCUCUGGGUAUCGUCACCCUUGUAGCUCAGCCACCGACUGCGUCCUCAGUCUUUUCCAGCUGACCAAUGAGACUCUUAACGUCUGGACACACUUCCUACCAACCUGGUAUUUUCUAUGGAAGCUGCUGACGGUGGUGUGUAUGCAGGACGUGUGGAAUGAUGCGUACACAUGGCCGCUGCUGGUCUAUCUGUUGUCCUGCUGCGUUUACCCGCUGGCAUCCAGCUGUGCCCACACCUUCAGCACCAUGUCCACUCGUGCUCGCCACAUCUGCUUCUUCUUUGACUACGGAGCCCUCAGCUUUUACAGCCUGGGUUCAGCCAUCACCUACUCAGCGUAUGUGAUGCCGGACGGCUGGGUGAACAGCACGUUUCACAAGUACUACAUUUCUAUAGCUGUCUUUAACACCAUCAUCUGCACCGCCAUGGCCUGCUACUCCAGGCUUGGCUUACCAUUUCUCCAUUAUAACCAUGACAUCACAGAAAGAUUCCCAGAGAGCCAGAGACCCAAGCUCGGCAAGGUGCUGCGCAUUUCAGCCUUCACCUACCCGUACCUGUUCGACAACAUUCCUCUCUUCUACAGAAUAUUUCUCUGUGCGGGUGAAGGCUGCACGGUGAACGAGGUGAACUCUGUCCACGUUUACCACACACUGCUGGCAUUCCUGACGGGAUUCCUGUUCGCCACACACCUCCCCGAGAGGCUCGCACCUGGACGCUUCGACUACAUCGGCCACAGCCACCAGCUGUUCCACGUAUGCGGGGUCAUUGGCACGCACUUCCAGAUGCAGGCCAUAGAGAUGGACAUGUCUCUGAGACGGGCGUGGCUGCAGGAUCACGCUCCGCCCGUUACCUUCAGCAAUACUCUGGGAGCCGCUCUGCUCUGCAUCUUCAUCAGCCUGGGCAUCAUCUUCCUCUUCAGUCGUCCACUUCUCCGCCACCCAGCUUCCAGCAGAGACCCCCGUACGGCGAGGAAGUGAUGCAGGGACUAGAUACAGCUCCAUAAGACUGUCUGAAGGUUCUGCAGAGGGUUCUGGCAGGAGGAAUCUUCUGUAGAUUUAGGUCUGGAGGUUCUGUACACUUGAAAAGGAUUGGUCAAAAAGGAUGUGUGGAGAAGUUACUGAAAUUUAAUCAGGUAGUAUUAUACACUUACUGCUCAUUUUAUUAGGUACACCUUCCAUCUUUCUUCUACAGCUCUUGUAUUGGUUGGUCAUGCUUUUGCAGUCCAUUAUUGGCUGGUUUAUGACUGUAGAAGUCGCUAUUGGCCAGAGAUGCACCACCAGCCUUAAUCUGAUUUUUGGCACAUUUAGAUGUCUCCACAUUGAUGAUUGAAAGUCUAGACACCAAGAAACCACAUGAAAUCCAAUUUGUUGCUUUAGUAGCCAUCCCAGAUGUAAAGUUAAAAAAGAUUUUUAGUGAAGAUAAAUGAGCGAAAAAGUGGAAAAAUGUAUGAAAACCAACGGGAAAAAAAAUUGGUCUCUAGACAGUUUUGAUUUUUGGCUUUAGAAACCAUCGCUCUAAAGUUGGAGACCUUCGAGGUAGACAAACUAAUUUAUUAAAUUUAAAAUAAACAAAAAAGUUGAAAAAAUUAUUAAAACCAGCUAAAAAAAAACGAAAUAUCUGGACAAUAUACAGUUUUGAUUUUUAGUUUUCAUUCCAAAAAAUUUAAAUCAGAUUUUUGGCAUCUAGAUUGUAUCCAGAUUGAUAACUGAUAGUCUAGACAACAAGAAACCACAUAAAAUCCAUUUUUUGUCCUUACUAGCCAUCCUUAAUGUGAAGUUGGAGAUCUCUCUUAGGUAGAAAAACAGAUUCAGUAAAAUUAAAAUAAUCAGAAAAUGUGGAAAAAUGUAUGAAAACCAGCAAAAAAAAAAAGGCUUUCAACAUCUGACCAAUUAACAAUUUAGAUUUUUUGUUUUAAUUAAAAGUCUUUAAUUCAAAAGUUUUUUAUCCGAUUUUUGGCAUAUCUAGAUUGUCUCCAGAUUGAUGAUUGAUAAUUUAGACACCAAGAAACCACAUGAAACCCGGAUGUACCCAUCCCGGAUGUAAAGUUGGAGAUCUCUCUUAGGUAGAAAAAACUGAUUUAGUGAAUUUAAAAUUAACAAAAAAUGUGGAAAAAUGUAUAAAAACCAGCAAAACAAAACCUUUUGUGGACUUAUCUAGGUUACAAAUACUGUGUCAGGCUGCUUCGACAUCAGCAGCCGGAGUCUGAGAGAGCACAAUCAGCCAUGCUCUCUCUGAGUAGGUACAGUAGGUGGCGUUCUCUCCCAACAUCACUCCUAGUGUGAUUCUGGUCAUUACAGGCAUCUAUUAGCUGAUGUAUCAGAACUGGGGAUCAGACUGCCAGUCUUUUAUCAUAAAUUUACAGUAAAUCUCUGGCAACCCUGUCUGCUAGUUUUUACUGACUCUUAGUGGCCAAAGAGCAAAUACAAGGAAGGUGUUCCUAAUAAUGAGCUGGAUACUCAGUGUAUUUAAAUCACAACUCACUUGAUAUUUAAGGACUAUGCAGUGCCAGAUAUGUGUGUGUGUGUGUGUGUGUGUGUGUGCGUGCGUGCGUGAGUGCGUGUGUGUGUGUGUGUUUGUGUAACAUUUAUCAGUCCAAUGUUUUGACCAUUUGAGACAGCUUAAUUCAGACAAAGAAAUUUGGGUUCCAGUUUUUUUUUGUUUUGUUUUGUUUAAUUUUAAUCAAAAAUGCAAAAAUUAAUCUAUACCUGAUUUUCUUCCCCUCUACACUGCAAAAAUCAAUUGGCAAAAACUAGACAAAAUAUAUGUAAAUUAAGACAUAUACAGCUCUGGAAAAACUUAGAAGUGAAGACGUUUCUCUGAUUUUGCUAUUUAUAGGUUUAUAUUUGAGUAAAAUGAACAUUGUUGUUUUAUUCUAGAAACUACAGACAACAUUUCUCCCAAAUUCCAAAUAAAAAUAUUGUCAUUUAGAGCAUUUAUUUGCAGAAAAUGAGAAAAGUCUAAAAUAACAAAAAAGAAAAACAAGUUCAUAUUCAUAAAGUUUUAAGAGUUCAGAAAUAUUGCUCAUAUUUGGUGGAAUAACCCUGGUUUUUAAUCACAGUUUUUCAUUCAUCUUGGCAUCAUGUUCUCCUCCACCAGUCUCACACACUGCUUUUGGAUAACUUUAUGCCACUCCUCAAGUUCAGCUUGGUUUGAUGGCUUGUGAUCAUCCAUCUUCCUUUGAUUAUAUUUUAGAGGUUUUUAAUUUGGUAAAUUAAAGAAACUCAUAAUUUUUAAGAGGUCUCCAGAGCUGUAUGCUUACAUUAUGCAAACAAAUCUGCCAAUUUCUUAAAAAAGCCAAAACAAAGUCUUAAAAUAAGUAAAGUAAGACUUAAAUCAAGCAAAAAAAUCACCAUGAAUUUGGACACAAUAAUCAGAAUAAAUUGAUUGCUGACCUUUUGUGCUUAUUUUGAGUUCAAAUUAUUUAAAAUAAGGUGGACAUUUUAAGUAAGACUGAUAUAAAUAUAAACUCCUAAAUUAAACAAAAUAAUAUAUCACUUACACAAUGCUUAGUAAGACAAAAAGUCUAAUCAGAGAAGGAAAUAAAAUGUUCUUUUUUUUUUUUUGCAGUGUAUAAGGGUACAAUCCAAUCUACUUUUGUUGCAAGAUGCAACAAUACAAAGUUUAAGAAUUUUUACUACACUAAAAAAAUAUAUAUAUAUAUAUAUAUAUAUAUAUUUUUUUUACCAAUGUUUUACUUCCAUUUACAGAUUUAGCCUCAAAUGUUCAGAAUAUUGAACUGAUAAUCGUUAUACUGACCAUUAUGUACAUCUGUAUGUUAUGUAGGUGCUAAUGAUCUCAGGGCAUUCUGAGCCAGAGUAAUGGUGCCUGACACAGCCAGUCUCUUCUAAUUAAUCCUAAUGACCAUAAAUGACCUCAAAUGCACAGCAGUUAAUGCAACCAGUGCAGCCAAAGAGCACAAUAAUAAAGCAGCCAACAAGCCAAGAAAAAAACUCAACCAACAGUAAAGAGUAAAGCAUGAGGACAACGUCUACAGUCUGAUACCUACCGUUUCCGUUACGUAUUUCUGCACCAAAUGAUGUUUUUGUAUAUUGUGAUUGAUUUUUGCACAAAUGCCUUUGUACUUCCUAUGCUAUUUAUACCUUGUAAAUAUAUAUUUGUAAUAAACUGUAUUGAUAUAA